AUGGCGCAAGCAGCAAAGCAGCUCGAGAAAGAGAGGUCUCCGCAGGAGGCUCAGGUGGCUCUCGCUACGGAUGGACGAUGGGGCCUGAGAGUGAAUUUGUGCGAAAUGGAUGUUGUUUUGGUCGAGGAACAUGCUUUAUCGGACGAGUCGACAAGUCCGUCAGACCGAAGGCUCAAAGGAACAGACGCAUUCACAACGCAAGAACUAGACCCUUACCUCUGCACGAGCACUAUCGGCUCGGAAGAUUGCAUGCUCACAGAAAACGUCGACUGGCUGGCGGUGGCAGGAUCUCUUCUCACGUGGAAAGGUGCUCAGCCCAAAGACGGAGGCGGCUCGUACAAGGACACAAGUUGUCAUAUUACGGAAAGCAUGGCAAUGUCAGGGUGAGAUGAUGAAACAAAAGUCAAUUUCCUUGCCAAAGGUCGUAAAUAACAUGAUCAUUUUUAUGUCCGGCCACGAGCUCCUCAGAGCCGGCAGCCAUUGGAACGGUAACGUCCCGAGAAGAACCACCACGCGCCAAACUCCCC